GACGUCGUGCUUCUGGAUGCCUGAGAAGUCUCUUGAAGGUAGUUCCCCUCUGGUGAUGAUGGGAGUGAGCAGAGGUCUGAAAUCCGAGAUGCCUCGCAGCCUGGACUUGGUGAGGUCCCAGUAAAAGCAGCUCGCUUGCUAUCCCUCUCCCUGAGCAGUCACUCCGUUGCAUUGGCCUGGGCAGCAUGGAGCUAGCCCCCUGGACUCACAUAGGACUCACACUCCUCCAGCUCCUUUUCAUCUCCUGCUUGCCAAGAGAAUACAUGGUGAUCAAUGAAAACUGUCCUGGAGCUGAAUGGAAUAUCAUGUGCCGGGAGUGCUGUGAAUAUGACCAGAUCCAGUGUGUCUGCCCGGGCGGGAAAGAAAAAGUGGGUUAUACCAUUCCCUGCUGCAGGAAUGAGGAAAAUGAGUGUGACUCCUGUUUAAUCCAUCCAGGCUGCACCAUUUUUGAGAACUGCAAGUCCUGCCACAACGGCUCCUGGGGUGGAACGCUAGAUGACUUCUACAUCAAAGGGAUCUACUGUGCGGAGUGCAGAGCUGGCUGGUAUGGAGGGGACUGCAUGAGAUGCGGGCAGGUUCUUCGGGCUUCCAAAGGUCAGAUUUUGCUGGAGAGCUACCCACUGAAUGCACACUGUGAAUGGACCAUUCAUGUUAAACCUGGGUUUAUCAUCGAAUUAAGGUUUGCCAUGCUGAGCCUGGAGUUUGACUACAUGUGCCAGUAUGAUUAUGUGGAGAUCCGGGAUGGGGACAAUAUAGAUAGCAGGAUAAUUAAGCGUUUCUGUGGCAAUGACAGGCCGCCUCCAAUCCGAAGCACUGGGACCUCACUCCAUGUUCUCUUCCAGUCCGACGGAUCCAAGAACUUUGAUGGGUUUCAUGCUAUCUUUGAAGAAAUUACAGCUUGUUCUUCAUCUCCAUGUUAUCAUGAUGGAACAUGUAUUCUUGAUAAAGUUGGUGCCUACAGAUGUGCUUGUCUGGCAGGCUAUACCGGGAAUCACUGUGAAAGCGUGGUGAUGUGUAGGACUCCAGGUGCUCCUGCUCAUGGUAUUGUGGAAGGAGAUGACUUUAAAUACGGGGCCCAGGUUUACUUCAAGUGCAACGCAGGUUACAACUUAAAAGGCAGCCGUGUUGCCUACUGUCAGCUUGAUGGGAGUUGGUCAGCACAUCAUCAUGAAUGUGUUCUACAAGAAAAAAACUGCUCAGACCCUGGUGGCCCAUUCAAUGGCUACAGAAGAGUGGUGGAAGAUACUGGGCUAAUGACCGGACGCUAUGCAAAAAUCGGCACAGUCAUUGCUUUCUUUUGUAACAACUCAUACGUUCUUAGUGGUAAUGAGCAGAGGACCUGCGAAGACAAUGGAGAGUGGUCAGGGAAACAACCAAUCUGCAUAAAAGCCUGCAGAGAGCCAAAGAUCUCUGACCUGGUGAGACAGAAAGUGCUUCCAAUGCAGGUUCAGUCAAGGGAGACGCCUUUGCAUCAACUCUACUCUUCUGCAUUCAGCAAACAGAAGCUCGAAAUAUAUCCAACCAAGAAGCCAAUGCUGCCCUUUGGAGACCUGCCUCCAGGGUACCAGCAUUUGCACACUCAGCUUCAGUAUGAUUGCAUUUCUCCCUUCUACCGCCGCCUGGGAAGCAGCAGGAGAACCUGUCUGAAGACAGGAAAAUGGAGUGGGCGGGCUCCCACAUGCAUUCCAAUCUGUGGAAAAACGGAAAACAUCACUCUUCAAAAGACUUCAUCUAUCAGAUGGCCCUGGCAAGCAGCCAUCUAUCGGAAAGCCAAUGGGGUAAAGGAGAUCAGCCUCCGGAAGGGGGCGUGGAUCCUGAUCUGCAGUGGGGCCCUGGUGAAUGAGCGCACUGUCGUGGUGGCAGCUCACUGUGUCACUGACUUGGGGAAGAUCACUGUCCUCAAGACAGCGGAACUCAAAGUGGUCUUGGGGAAAUUCUACAGGGAUGACGACCGAAAUGAGAAGACUAUCCAGAACUUACGGAUUUCUGCCAUCCUAGUGCAUCCAAACUUUGACCCCAUAUUGCUUGAUUCCGACAUGGCCAUUGUAAAACUCCUGGACAAAGCCAAAAUCAGCAGCCAUGUUCAACCCAUUUGCCUGGCAUCUGCUCAUGAUUUGGACCCAUCCACAGAGGAUUUAAAAAUAGUGAUUACUGGCUGGAAGAUACUGGCUGACAUUAAGGAUCCCAGCUACAAGAAUGAUACAAUCCGCAUGGGAGUUGUUCAGAUGGUGGACUCGCUGUUGUGCGAGCAGCAGUAUGAGGAUAAUGGAAUCCAGGUCAUCAUCACUGACAGCAUGUUCUGUGCCAGGCAGCACCCCACUGCCUUUUCUAACAUCUGCCCUGCUGAGACUGGAGGCAUUGCAGCCAUAACGUUGCCAGGAAAAGCGUCUCCUGAGCUAAAAUGGCACCUGAUGGGAUUAGUGAGCUGGGGCUAUGAUAAAACUUGCAGCCUAGAACUCUACACUGGUUAUACCAAAGCAAUUCCAUUCAAGGACUGGAUUGAGAAGAACAUGAAAUAAAAAGCUGUUUCUGGAAAUGGCCUUUUAUAAGUUUCGUAGUUUCUCUCACAAUCUCUACUGCUUUAGGCUUCUCUUCCCACCGACGGUUAAGGCAGAUGCCCUGACAUUUUGUCAUAGGCUCCGCUGUUCAGUGAAGCCACUUUACUUACAAUACAGGCUCUCUCUGAGUGAGGGGUUUCGACUUAUCUCACCCUGCCUGUCUUCCUGGGUGGGAAGGUGGUGCUUGGCUCCUGAAUCUGACACCCAUAAGCAGGACAACUGGUAAUGGCUGAAUUCAGUCUGUGGUUUAUAGUCAGCUGGAUAAAUGGAUCUGUGUGCAUUUCACAAAGGAGCAUAGGUUUGAGAGUAGCCUGAAGUAAUUACUAUGGAGGAGCUUGUUAUGGUGUAUUCUCUGUAUUGCCAUAGUACGAUGUAUUCUUUCCCCCUCCUAAGUACUGUACACAUUAAAUGAAGGUUUGUUUUUUAACCUA